AUGGUACACCUCCUCCUGCUCAUGGUACACCUCCUCCUGCUCAUGGUACACCUCCUCCUGCACAUGGUACACCCCCUCCUGCUCAUGGUACACCUCCUCACUCCCUCAGAUCUAGACCCAGACCUCCUCACUCCUUCAGAUCUAGACUCAGACCUCCUCACUCCCUCAGAUCUAGACUCAGACCUCCUCACUCCUUCAGAUCUAGACUCAGACCUCCUCACUCCUUCAGAUCUAGACUCAGACCUCCUCACUCCCUCAGAUCUAGACCCAGACCUCCUCACUCCCUCAGAUCUAGACUCAGACCUCCUCACUCCCUCAGAUCUAGACCCAGACCUCCUCACUCCCUCAGAUCUAGACCCAGACCUCCUCACUCCUUCAGAUCUAGACUCAGACCUCUUCACUCCCUCAGAUCUAGACUCAGACCUCCUCACUCCUUCAGAUCUAGACCCAGACCUCCUCACUCCUUCAGAUCUAGACCCAGACCUCCUCACUCCCUCAGAUCUAGACUCAGACCUCCUCACUCCCUCAGAUCUAGACCCAGACCUCCUCACUCCCUCAGAUCUAGACUCAGACCUCCUCACUCACUCAGAUCUAGACUCAGACCUCCUCACUCCCUCAGAUCUAGACCCAGACCUCCUCACUCCCUCAGAUCUAGACCCAGACCUCCUCACUCCUUCAGAUCUAGACUCAGACCUCUUCACUCCCUCAGAUCUAGACUCAGACCUCCUCACUCCUUCAGAUCUAGACCCAGACCUCCUCACUCCUUCAGAUCUAGACCCAGACCUCCUCACUCCCUCAGAUCUAGACUCAGACCUCCUCACUCCUUCAGAUCUAGACCCAGACCUCCUCACUCCCUCAGAUCUAGACUCAGACCUCCUCACUCCUUCAGAUCUAGACUCAGACCUCCUCACUCCCUCAGAUCUAGACCCAGACCUCCUCACUCCUUCAGAUCUAGACUCAGACCUCCUCACUCCUUCAGAUCUAGACUCAGACCUCCUCACUCCCUCAGAUCUAGACCCAGACCUCCUCACUCCCUCAGAUCUAGACCCAGACCUCCUCACUCCCUCAGAUCUAGACUCAGACCUCCUCACUCCUUCAGAUCUAGACCCAGACCUCCUCACUCCUUCAGAUCUAGACCCAGACCUCCUCACACCUUCAGAUCUAGACUCAGACCUCCUCACUCACUCAGAUCUAGACCCAGACCUCCUCACUCCCUCAGAUCUAGACUCAGACCUCCCACUCCCUCAGAUCUAG